GUCACCAAACCUACAAAUUUGUGGGUUAAUAUGAUUGCCUGAGGCAAAACCCUAGUUGAGGGUUUAGUCUGCUUCAGUUUUACACGCCUUUGUCUCACGCCCUCCAUUUCUUUCUUUCCUGCUUUCCUCUGCUGCUUUACGCGCAUUAGCUCACUCUCAAAAUGAGCUUUGCUGCUUACAAGAUGAUGCACUGCCCAACGGGCAUUGAGAAUUGUGCUUCUGGGUUCAUUACACAUUCUCGCGCCGACUUCGUACCUCGAAUCCCUCCGAUUCAGACCGAUGACCUUGACUCGGAAUGGCCGGCAAGACGCGAAAUUGGUCCCAUUCCAAACCUCAUUGUCACUGCUGCGAAUGUUCUGGAAGUGUACAUAGUGAGGGUUCAAGAAGAAGUUAGCAGAGAGCCGAAGGGCAAUGUAGAAUCCAAGCGUGGUGGUUUCAUGGAUGGCAUUACUGGGGCCUCGCUUGAGCUUGCUUGUCAUUACAGGUUGCAUGGUAAUGUCGAAACCAUGGAGGUAUUGAGCAUUGGAGGUGGUGAAGCUUCUAGGAAGAGAGACUCUAUCAUCUUAACUUUUAAAGAUGCGAAAAUUUCAGUUCUGGAAUAUGAUGAUUCUAUUCAUGGGCUUCGAAUAAGUUCUUUGCAUUGCUUUGAGGGUCCAGAGUGGCUCCAUUUAAAAAGAGGCAGAGAACAAUUUGCUAGAGGCCCAUUGGUAAAGGUUGAUCCUCAAGGCAGGUGUGGCGGAGUUCUUGUCUAUGAUUUGCAAAUGAUAAUACUUAAGGCUACUCAGGCUGGAUCUGGUUUAGUUGUAGAGGAUGAUGCCUUGGGUUCUGGAGGUGCGAUUGCUGCUCGUAUUGAGUCUUCUUAUAUGAUGAGUUUAAGAGACUUGGAUAUGAGACAUAUAAAAGAUUUUACAUUUGUACAUGGUUAUAUUGAACCUGUGAUGGUGAUACUGCAUGAAAGGGAGCUCACUUGGGCUGGGCGUAUCUCAUGGAAGCAUCACACUUGCAUGAUAUCUGCACUGAGUAUCAGUACAACUUUGAAGCAGCAUCCACUCAUAUGGUCAGCUGCCAAUCUUCCUCAUGAUGCCUACAAGCUUCUUGCAGUGCCGUCACCAAUAGGUGGUGUUCUUGUGUUUGGUGCUAAUACUAUUCAUUAUCACAGUCAGUCUGCUUCAUGUGCAUUGGCGUUGAACAGUUAUGCUGUUUCACUUGAUAGUAGUCAAGAGUUGCCAAGAUCGAAUUUUAACGUGGAGCUUGAUGCUGCCUAUGCAACUUGGUUGUUGAGUGAUGUGGCCUUGCUGUCCACAAAAAAUGGUGAACUGUUGCUGCUUACUCUUGUUUAUGAUGGAAGGGUUGUGCAGAGACUUGAUCUUUCCAAGUCAAAAGCUUCAGUUUUGUCAUCUGGUAUCACGACAAUUGGAAAUUCUUUGUUUUUUCUCGCUAGCCGAUUAGGAGACAGUAUGCUGGUGCAAUUUUCUUGUGGAUCUGGGGUUUCAACGUUGUCAUCUAAUCAAAAAGAAGAGGUUGGUGAUAUAGAAGGUGAUGCUCCUUCAGCUAAGCGGCUACGCAGGUCCCCUUCUGAUGCUUUGCAAGAUAUGGUUAGUGGUGAGGAGCUCUCCCUUUUUGGAUCUGCCCCAAAUAAAACAGAAUCAGCACAGAAAAUCUUCUCAUUUGCAGUGAGGGAUUCAUUGAUUAAUGUUGGCCCUUUGAAAGACUUCUCAUAUGGUUUAAGGAUAAAUGCUGAUGCAAAUGCAACUGGAAUUGCUAAACAAAGUAACUAUGAACUGGUAUGCUGUUCUGGUCAUGGAAAAAAUGGUUCUCUCUGUGUUCUUCGACAAUCAGUUCGUCCAGAAGUGAUAACUGAGGUUGAACUUCCUGGCUGCAAAGGAAUUUGGACUGUUUAUCAUAAGAACACGCGCUCUCAUAAUACUGAUUCUUCUAAGUUGGCAGAUGAUGAUGAUGAGUAUCAUGCUUUUCUUAUCAUAAGCUUGGAGGCUCGUACUAUGGUACUGGAAACAGCUGAUCUUCUGAGUGAGGUUACUGAAAGUGUUGACUAUUAUGUUCAAGGAAAGACACUUGCUGCCGGGAACUUGUUUGGAAGGCGUCGAGUAAUUCAAGUUUAUGAACGUGGUGCUCGCAUUCUAGAUGGUUCUUUUAUGACCCAAGAUGUAAGCUUUGGAGCUUCAAACUCUGAAUCUAGCUCUGGAUCUGAGAAUGCUAUUGUGUCAUCUGUCUCUAUUGCUGAUCCAUAUGUAUUGCUCAGAAUGAGUGAUGGAAGUAUUCGACUUUUGGUUGGAGAUCCUACUACCUGCACUGUUUCUGUCACAACUCCUUCAUUUGAAAGCUCAAAAAGAUCAGUAUCUGCAUGCACACUUUACCAUGAUAAAGGACCUGACCCAUGGCUGAGGAAGACAAGUACUGAUGCAUGGCUUUCUACUGGAGUUGGUGAGGCAAUUGAUGGUGCUGAUGGUGCAGUUCAAGAUCAUGGGGAUAUAUAUUGCGUUGUUUGUUAUGAAAAUGGUGCCCUUGAAAUGUUUGAUACCCCAAAUUUCAGUUGUGUUUUUUCUGUGGAAAAGUUUGUGUCUGGGAAGAGCCAUCUUGUUGACACUCUUGUGGUGGAGGCAUCAAAAGAUUCUCCAAAAGUUGAUGAAGGUUCUGGUGAAGUGACUAACCAAGGCAGGAAGGAAAAUGUACAGACUAUGAAGGUUGUGGAGUUGGCUAUGCAGAGAUGGUCAGGGCAGUAUUGCCGCCCUUUUAUUGUUGGGAUUUUGAGUGAUGGAACAAUUCUGUGUUACCAUGCUUACUUUUAUGAAGGUUCAGAUGGUACUUCCAAGGUUGAGGAUUUAGCAUCUGCACAAGGACCUGCAGGCCUUAAUGGCACUAGUGCUUCUAGGCUUAGAAAUUUGAGAUUUGUCCGUGCCCCCUUAGAUAUAUAUGCCAGGGAGGAGACAUUGAGUGGAUCCCUUUCUCAGAGAAUUACUAUUUUCAAGAAUAUAGGUGGUUACCAAGGAUUUUUCUUGUCGGGAUCUAGACCUGCUUGGGUUAUGGUGUUGAGAGAACGGCUUCGUGUUCAUCCACAGCUGUGCGAUGGGUCUAUUGUUGCUUUUACUGUCCUUCACAAUGUGAACUGCAAUCAUGGCCUCAUAUAUGUUACAUCACAGGGUGUUUUAAAGAUCUGCCAACUGCCUACUGGCUCAAGCUAUGAUAGCUACUGGCCUGUCCAGAAAAUUCCGUUAAAAGCUACUCCUCAUCAAGUAACCUACUUUGCAGAGAAGAAUUUAUAUCCGCUUAUAGUCUCAGUUCCUGUUCUCAAGCCACUUAAUCAAGUUGUUUCAUCUUUGGGUGAUCAAGAUGUCAACCAACAGACUGAGAAUCAAAACCUGAGCUCUGAUGAGCAAAACCGCUUUUAUACUAUUGAUGAAUUUGAGAUUCGUAUUAUGGAGCCAGAUAAAUCUGGUGGCCCUUGGCAAACAAAAGCAAUAAUACCUAUGCAAAGUUCUGAAAAUGCUCUUACUGUGAGAAUGGUUAUGUUGCUGAAUACAGACACAAAAGAGAAUGAAACACUUUUAGCUAUUGGCACUGCUUAUGUGCAAGGCGAGGAUGUUGCUGCAAGAGGGCGUGUCCUUCUGUUUUCUUUGGGAAAAAAUACUGAUAAUAACCAACCUCUGGUUUCAGAGGUAUACUCAAAAGAGUUGAAAGGUGCUAUAUCUGCUUUGGCCUCACUGCAAGGUCAUCUAUUAAUAGCUUCUGGUCCGAAAAUUAUUCUGCACAAGUGGAAUGGUAAUGAACUGAAUGGUAUUGCAUUUUUUGAUGCUCCACCAUUACAUGCUGUGAGCUUAAACAUUGUAAAAAACUUUAUACUUAUUGGUGACAUCCAUAAAAGCAUUUACUUUCUUAAUUGGAAGGAACAGGGUGCUCAACUUAGCUUAUUAGCCAAGGACUUUGGUUCUCUUGAUUGUUUUGCAACUGAGUUCUUGAUUGAUGGAAGCACUCUGAGUCUCAUGGUUUCAGAUGAUCAAAAGAACAUACAGAUUUUUUACUAUGCACCAAAGAUGUCUGAAAGCUGGAAGGGACAGAAGCUUCUUUCAAGGGCUGAAUUUCAUGUUGGAGCACAUGUGACUAAAUUCUUGCGUUUGCAGAUGCUGUCCACUGCCUCUUCUGACCGGACUGGCCAUGGUCCAGGUUCAGAUAAAACAAAUCGUUUUGCUUUAUUAUUUGGAACCCUGGACGGCAGUAUUGGUUGCAUUGCACCACUCGAUGAAAUCACAUUUCGGAGGCUGCAAUCUUUGCAGAAAAAGCUUGUUGAUGCUGUAUCUCAUGUUGCUGGCUUAAACCCAAAAGCUUUCAGACAGUUUCGUUCCAAUGGAAAGGCCCAUCGGCCAGGCCCUGACAGUAUAGUUGACUGUGAACUUCUGUGCUAUUAUGAAAUGCUUCCACUGGAGGAACAGCUUGAAAUUGCUCACCAGGUCGGAACAACUCGAUCACAAAUUCUAUCAAAUCUGAUUGACCUCUCGAUUGGAACAAGCUUUUUGUGAAUGCAGUCAUCAUUUGUAGAACAGAGGAGGACCUUACUGCUCGCGCGGAGCUCCUGGGAAAUGCAAGUUCUGUGACUUUGAUCCAGUCAUAUUGAAGGCUUGAGUGAGUCAUUAAAGUAGAAGCCAAACUAGCUAACCGACCAUGCAAGCAGUAGAUGCUGGCACCUCAAGUAGUGAUAGCCAAAAUUUAUCUGGAAGCUUCAGUCUGUAUAUUGAAGAUUAAACUGAGGAGUUUGUCUUGUCCUUCAUUAGCCUGUGAUGGCAUCCUUGUCAUCAACUUGUGCUCUUCUGAGUUGUGAGCAAGAACCUAUGUUUGAGAAGUUGGAAUGACGCUGAUGUAACAUGAACUGAGUUCAUGCUUGGAGGCAAGUCAAGCAAGAAAUCAAGACAGUGAACCACUUGAAGCUUUGGUAUUCUUUCUUUUUCAUUUAUGUAACUUGUAUGUUGUUGAGAAUUGUAAAACCAAACAUCUAUGGUUAUCCGCUUGCAGAUGUUGUAGUUUAGUCACAAAUUGUAUUUUAGCCUGUUCAAUUUCAUCUCUUGUACAUUUUUCCGGAGAACUCUCUAGUUGCACGUGGGAUUAUUCUCGUUCUGCA